CUGCCUCUAAUCUGUGUUUGUGUAUUCAUGUACACUAAUCUAUGUACACUAAUGUCAUUAUGUUUCAUUGCCCAGCGGGUCCCACAUAGACGGAUUUUGAGGCUUUCACUUAAACGGAAAUUUGGGGAGGCAGGCAGAUGUUGAAAAAGCUUCCAUCUUUACUUCCAAACUCAACCAGUGUCUUAACUAAAACCUUGCCACCAAAACCUCUUUACUUCCUGCAUGACUGACACGUGUCUUUCCAUCCACUCCCAUAUUCCUCUACAUAAACCCAUCAAAUUUGGAACCCAUAAACAAACUAAACAUACAUAAUGUUGAAAUUGAAGGGUGUAGUGUUGGUGGCACUACUGAUGUGCUACACAAUGUGGGUGGUUGUUAGUCAGUCAUCUGAGGAAGAGAGGGCUAAGGCAGAGGAUUGGAGAAGGCGGGAGAAGAUGGCGGAGGAGUGGCGGCGACACCGUGAAGGGUGGGAGGAGGAACAGGGGAGGGAGUUGUCGCCGGGGCGGAGCUGGGAUGAGGAAGGGGAGGAGCCGGAUUGGCGACCGCCGGAGCCGUAUGGACCGCCAGGAAGAAGAGGGAAGGAUGUGUUUUUGAUGAAGGAGUCAGAGAAAGUGGUGCGUACUGAAGCAGGGGAAAUGAGACUGGUUAGAGGACAUGGUGGAAGGAUGGUGGAGAGACCUCUUCAUAUUGGGUUUAUUACUAUGGAACCUAAGACUUUGUUUGUUCCUCAAUACUUGGAUUCUUCUUUGAUCAUCUUUUUACGUAGAGGCGAAGCGAAAUUGGGAUUCAUCUACGACGAUGAGUUGUCUGAGAGGAACCUAAAGAUGGGAGAUAUAUACAGAAUACCAGGUGGUUCAACAUUCUAUCUGGUUAACACUGCCGAGACUCAAAGGCUUCAUAUUAUUUGCAGCGUUGAUCCUUCUGAGGGUUUGGGUUUGGGUACUUUACAGUCUUUCUUCGUUGGCGGAGGAACUAAUCCUGUUUCUGUUUUUGCCGGCUUUGAGCCUCAAACACUUUCCACUGCCUUCAAUGUGUCCAUUGAAGAGCUGAGGGACUUAAUGACAGGACAACAUGAAGGACCGAUCAUAUACGCUGAUGCUACUCAUACACCAAGUUUAUGGGCAAACUUCCUGAAGCUGAAGGAAGAAGAACGACUAGAACGUCUUAAAAUGGUGGGACCAAAUGCUGGAUCCGAAAAGGAAGUUGAAGAACCAAAGAAGAAGGCCUGGUGGAAUGUGUUUGAUUCUCUAUUAGGUAGUGAUCAAAAUAAGAAAGGAGAGAAAAAGGGUGAUACUAGAACAGGUUCAAGUCCAGACUCGGUCAAUCUCUAUGACCGAGAUCCUAGUUUCAGAAAUGGUUAUGGUUGGAGUGUUGCUGUUGAUAAGCACGAUUAUCAUCCUCUUAAGAAAUCCAGUAUCGGCGUAUAUCUUGUUAAUCUUACCGCGGGCUCAAUGAUGGCACCUCAUGUAAACCCCAUGGCAACAGAAUACGGUAUCGUCCUAAGUGGGGCCGGAACCAUCCAAGUCGUCUACCCUAAUGGCACUUCAGCAAUGAACACCAAGGUAAAUGAAGGUGAUGUAUUUUGGAUUCCAAGAUACUUCCCCUUCUGCCAGAUUGCUUCUCGAGCUGGCCCAUUUGAGUUCUUCGGCUUCACCACUUCCGCACACAAAAAUCGACCCCAAUUCCUAGUAGGCGCUUCCUCUAUACUAAGAAGCAUGCAAGGUCCCGAGUUCGCAACUGCUUUUGGUUUAACCGAAGACAGGUACCGAGACAUCAUACAUGCUCAAAGGGAGGCUGUAAUCCUUCCGUCUCCUGCUGCUGCAGAACCUGAUGAGAGGCCAGAAUCAGCAAAGAAAGAAGACAAGCGCGAAAGAGAGUCAGAGAAGUCGGAAUCGAAGGACAAGAAGUCCAAGGGAGAGGAGAAGAUAAAGGAAGUAAAGAAGGUGCCCAAGUUUAUAAGGGGGCUAGGCACGGAAAUGGUUAUGGGUUUCGAGUAAAUAAAUAGGACGCUUUCUAAGCCUUGUACUUAGGUAGAUCUUUGAGCUUUCUAUUGUGUGUUUAUUAGUAGCUUUUGGCCUUGCUUGCAUUGCCUUUCCUCGAGAGUUGUAGAUGAACUCAACACGUUUUGUUUUGCUUUGCUUUGUUUUGAACACAAUCUUGAUCAUCUAAUAACGAACUCGUACUUAAUAACCUCGGCAAUAGGAGAGUAAGUAUACAUUAAGCAUGUGUUACGUUUGAGCAUACGUACAUGCUUCUUCUACAUUUUCCCGUGUACCACUCGAGUUAGUUGCGUACUCUUAUUCUGUUUUUAAGAACA